GAUAUAGAUUUUUUUAGAGCUAACAUACCCCAUUUCUCUUAAAACGGUGCUUAUAAAAAAUCUACCGUCAAAUUUUUAAAUAUACCGCUUGUUACCUUUGUUUUUGAGAUGACUUGUGGCAAAGAGUAUUAUGGUUACUCUUUGCUUGUGGGACAGUGGCGGACCCGGACAGUGGAGAUGACAUUAACCUAACUUUUAUUGUGCAGCUCUACUACCUCAACUCCUACAUAACCUUGCAAUGCAUGCUGCAAAUUUAACAGUUUGGAAUUUUGGAUUUCGAGAGCCUUGUGCAAAUUUUCACAAGGACUAAGUGGUCACGGAAGAAUUUUGCUUAUGCAAUUACCAGCUUCGAAAUAUAAAAAUAUCUACUUAAUCUCAAGGACUUAAUCUGUGAUUAAUGAUUGAAAUGAAUCCAGGCGUUAAAAUUACCUUAUGUACCAAUAUCGCAUACCGUGACAUUCAUGUCAUCUGAAAUAAUGUCUGCUCCCGAUGUGUAGAAACAAUGGCUGCAUCCACGUCGUCUACAGAAACACGCCCAAAAUUGAUCGUUUUUGAUUUGGAUUAUACCUUGUGGCCAUUCUGGGUUGACACACACGUUACUCCACCAUUCCGUAAAAGUUCAUCUGGAAAAAUUGUAGAUGCUAGAGGAGCGACAAUUUCAUGUUACAAGGAGGUGCCAAAGGUGUUAAAGAAACUAAACGAAGAUGGAUAUACUCUCGGUGUAGCUUCACGCACCUCUGAAAUACAGGGAGCCAAUCAGCUUAUCAAAUUAUUCGGAUGGAGCAAGUACUUUAAAUAUAAAGAGAUCUAUCCUGGAAGUAAAACGGCUCACUUUGCAAGGUUUAAGAAACAGUUGGAGGUGCCUUAUAGCGAUAUGUUAUUUUUUGAUGAUGAAAGUAGAAAUAUUAGAGAUCUAAAAGAGGUAGGGGUUACUUCAAUUCUUGUCAAGGAUGGAGUCGACGCAAAGGUUGUUGAGAUGGGGAUAAGAGAGUACCGCAAUGAACACAGUGCUUAAAAUAAUUUGUAUUUAUUAAAAAAUAUAUGUACAUAAAUGUGA